AUGGAAGUUGCGAGGGCGACGUUGCGAGAAAUUCUCAUAAUUCUUUUCAGUUUUCUGCUCUUUCAGUGUAAAGCAGCACCUCCAGAUACUCUCAGAUUGGUGCAUACGAUAUUUCGUCAUGGUGACCGCUCGCCCACUGGUACAUACCCCAAUGAUCCAUACAACAAGGACAUUGAGUCAGGCAAGUUGUGGCCAAAGGGCUUAGGACAGCUCACAACAAUUGGUAUGAACCAGCACCACAUGUUGGGCCAGUACUUCCGGACACGUUACGAUGGCUUUUUACCUCGGAUAUACAACAGUAAAAAUGUUGUCAUCCGGAGCACGGACGUGGAUCGGACAUUGAUGAGCGCGCAGAGUCACCUGUCCGGUUUGUACCCUCCUGUUGGCACAGAUAAAUGGGACCCUGCUUUAGACUGGCAGCCGAUCCCGGUACACACUGUGCCCGUGGAUGAAGAUCAUCUGCUGAGAAGAGAUGCCAAUUGUCCACGCUACAGGGCCUUAAUGGACAAGCUACUCAGGUCACCUUAUAUUCAGAAUAUGGAAAAGGAAAACAAGAAGCUCUUUGACUACCUGGCGAAGAACAGUGGCAUGCCCUUUGUCAACAUCACCAACACGUGGCAACUGUUUGACAUCUUACACAUAGAGGAGUUAUAUAACUUGACGCUACCAAAGUGGGUGACAGAUGAUGUGUAUCAACGUUUGAGCGUGUUUGAUGUUUUGGAUUUUGUCAUCAUGGCGAACACAACGGAACUGAAAAGGCUUGUGGGAGGUGGAGGAUUGUUGGUGAAAGAAAUGCUCACACAUUGGAUGGAAGUGUCAAACGGUAAAAUGGACAAAGAUAUGAAGUUCUUUAUAUAUUCAGCUCAUGACUCUACCGUUGCCAAUCUGUUACACACGUUGGGGGUCAUGAAUGGGUUUGCCCCGCCAUAUGCCUCUUGUGUGAUAAUGGAGCUUCAUGAGGUACAACCUAAACAGUUCAGUGUCCAGGUCAGCUACAAGAAUGAGUCCAAUCAUGAACCCUAUGAACUAACAAUACCCGGAUGCCAGUUCAGCUGUCCUUUAGACAAAGUUAUAGAACUUAGCAAGCCAGUGAUUCCUCUAGACAUUGCCAAAGAGUGUGAGCUCCCAACCAACUCCACCGAGCCAAUGUUUUCAGAAGCUGUGAUCUACGGCCUCAUCGCCAGCAUCGGGUUCCUCCUCAUCUUCCUGCAAGCCAUCAUCAUCUACGCAAUCAAACGCAAACGUGGUAGGAAAUAUCGCCAGCUGAAUCAAACCGCGUGACAAUAUGUUCCUCUACAUAAUAUUGGCCUCAAUGGAUAUGAGUCGGAUGAGGAAGAACAAGAAUAAGUGCAAUGAUUUGAAUCGAUUUUGGAAUAAAGGUUUUACAUUUGAGCAGAAACGCUAUUCCCUGCUUGAAAUUCUGGAAAUUUGACGUUGAUUCUUAAAUGAAAUCUAUUGCAGUCUUCAGUUUCCUUGGACAAGGUGAGGUGGUAAAGAAGGGUGCUACUCGUGUUAUAUCGUUCCAUCUCGAUUGCACGAAUAUGACAUUUGCUCAAUUUUUUAGCAUAGAUUAAUUGGUUUAAAAAAGAAGAACUGCCGGCCAACAUCAACGGUUCUAUUGUGUUUUUCUAUGUGGCAAAUCGUCAAAACGAAAGUCUAUACUGUUUACCACAUCAACGAAACAUUUGCAAUAUAUACUCCGUCAUGUGCGGUCCUGCCCUAAGCUUACAGCGCUUCUUUUUCUAAACUAAUUUUAUGCUCUACCACUUGCACCAAAUGUACAUAAGGGAGCCUUACAUAUUUUGCUUGUAUGCAUCAGACAAAGUAGUACCCUCACUCUUUCUUUCAUCAUGUUGAAUAUACCAUUCUGAAACACCUUGGUUUCAAUGUUUCAUUCUUGAAGUGGGUUGUGUGUUAGCCUCAUUUUGACCACAGAGGUUUUUGUGAGAUGACCAUUGCCUCUUAGGUUUGUGUGAAAUAUGUCAAAAGCAGAAUACUGACCUUUUCUGACCGAUAUCCAUAUGCACACAGAGAUGAAGUGAGGAAGGUCAAUUACUGCUUAGUUCCUCUGAAAACCCACAUUGAAACCUUCUGUGGAAACUAGGAUGAUAAUAUUGAUAACCCCAAACAAAUAUCUAUGUGAAAUAUCUACAUGUAUAUAGGUCACCAGGUUGGUGGUUUGGUGAUGUUCAGAGCAUCUCACAAUGCUGUUAGAGGGGAGUCAAGUUGUGGGUUUAAAGCUGGGCCUACAAUGACUCCUAACAAGUGAUGACUUAUUCAGCUAGCAUCACAUGGACAAUGGAAUAAUGCAUUACCUUAGGGAAUUGAUACAAAACUGGAGGUGGUUUAAGGAAUUUAUACCGAACUGGAGGUAUUGGUUGUCUCACCCGAACCACAAGGGUGAAGCUAAAAUGUAGACCAAACUGAGGCAGCAGCUAAGGCUUUGGGAAAAAUGACAGCACCUCCCAUGAUGUGUUAGGUGAGACAACCAGCACCAAUACCGAGGUAUCAGUUUCUAAAUAAAAGUAAAAAAGAACUUUAAAAACAUUUUGUACCAACUUAAGAGGUUGUUGUUGUCUCACCAAAACCUCUUCAGUGAAAACGAGGCUAAUACAUAAUCCAUAAUAAAAAUGACACAUUGUAGCAAAGAUGUUUCACUAUGAUGUUUUAAAGAGUGCUAGGAGAAUCUCUAGCUGGUGCUGAAGGAGUGAAUGACAAGUGAUGUGUGCAGUCUUCUCUUUAGUAGAGGCCCAGGUUUAAGUCUGGUGUAUACCUGUAUGUUAUGUCAGUUGCAAUGCUUGGACUUAGUGUCAGCUUCCAAUGCUUCUAGAUGUAUGCAUGGGUGCACAUAACCUACCUCAAAUGUUUGACAAAAAACGAUGAUCUGGUAUCAGAUAAGUUUGAAGUUUCUUAGGUACAUUUUUAUCUAGUCUCGUCGUGUGCACAUUUGAUAUUCGUCUGCUGCUGAAACACUGAAUUUGCAUGUGGUCACAGCUGAAACAGUUGUUUAUCAUGUGGUACAACUGCAUGAUUCACUGCCUCAAGAAUGCUUUGUUUUUGAGUAUUUCUUUGCUCAAAUUGCAUUUUCUUGAUGCUUCUUUUGAUUGCAAUGCUAAUUUAUUCUCUUCCUCUUCUGCCUUAACAUCUGUGAUCACAAAUGAUGAUUUGAUGAUUUUUGAUCACUAACUGAUUGUCCAAUAUUUUGUGGAGGUGUUUGUUAAUAGUUGAGUACACUCAAGCUCAUCCCGCCAGAUCCAUACCAGUGUUGAUUAGGUUUUUGAACACAUUUUACGACCAUUUCGUGUUCUCGAACGCAUUUUUAGCAUCAUUUUCAUCUUUCAAAAGAUGCAUCAGCCCGUGGAGGAAGUGAACAGAAAAGUCAUAAACAAGAGCUAGAACUUAUCAAAGAAGUGUGGAAGCAAUACUUCUGCACCUUAUCUAGCACCUAUUUCUGACAAUUCGGGCCUUUGAUGAGAUUAAGCAGCUCGUCUCUUAUGGCUUUCUCUCCAAUUCACUUGCUGUUGCUUGAUUUUUGUUACAAAAUACAUGACUCUAAUGAUUUGACUAAUCAAGUAGUGCUUGAUAAGACAUUAAAGAUAUGAUAUUUUAGUGAGGUCCCCGAGUGAGGUUUUGCUCUUUUACAAAUUUUCCUAUAUCUGCUUUAUCUUUGGGAGUUCAGAGCUUAUUGACGUAUAGCCUUUUUUUGUCUUAAUUAUAUCUUUCAAUUAGAGUAAAAAUGAAGAAGAGUCUGAGUUCACUAACUGCUCGGUUUGAAAAAGAAGAGCUUUUGACCUAUCAUCAGUUUCAGCUUCUUAUUCUUUAUUGAGUCCAGAUGAGAGUACUGUUAACCCCUUUAUUUGGCAAGUCUAAUAUUUUUGCAAUAGGGGUACAAUCAUGACCAUAAGGUUUUAUCUGUGGAAAAUGUAUCGAUUGGCAGAAAUAGAUGAAAGCAAAUCUGAAAUGGGUUUUUUUUGCAAACAUAAAGUGCCAUGAAAAUAAAGGGGUUGACAGUACUAUGUCAGUAGUUGAUCUAGAUGAUGACAAUGCUAUUAUGUCUAAUUCCUCAAUACGAUCAGGCACAAAAAGGUCACAGACAAUUACAACAUGUACAAAGACCUACACCAUGUGUGACAACAUGGUAUAUUCUUGUUAUGAUAUCAUAUGUUAAAUUUCUGGCCCGAAAACGCUGUUUGAAUUAAAUCUGUACUGAUGGGGUACCAGCAAAACUACAGCCGCUGCUACAAAGUGCUGACUGGCACUAGGGUAUUCCUUUUGCUACCUGCAGGGUAUUGGCAGCGUACUGUAUGCCUGGCCCACAUUAUACCAGAUAUGGUAGCAAAAAAUAAUACUGCAUUGUCUGACAGAGACGAGAUGUCAUUUGAGUGUCUUGACAUACUUUUUGAUGCAUAUUCUCUAUUGGGGUGCUGAUAGCCUAGUCUGCUUGAUUGGUGGUGCUGCAUAUUUGGUUUAUGAUUUUAUGGUGCUGUUCAUUGAAGGGAAAGAAAAUGUGCAUGUCAGAAUUGUAUACUGUCCCAAUUACCAUUGACAUCCCUAAAUUCUCAUGUUAUUCACAAUGUACACAUCACUUACACGCAACCUAUGCACAACUCCACAUUUAGCUUGCGCAUGAAUGCUCCAGCCAUGAUCUGCGUAACCUUUGCGUAUUAAGCUGUAUGCAACUCACGCACACCAUUCAAGUGGUAGGAUUGCAUGUGUUACCCAUAACAUGUGCAAAAUACUCACUGCACUAUCCAUGUGGCAAGUGUGUAAGCUCACAUCAUACGCUGCACCAGGGCGUAGGUUAUGCGCAUCUUAUGCAGAGAGAGACUAUUUCAGUUGUGACUGUUACUAAAAGCCUCUCUUUACCUUUUUGGCUCACCGUAGGGGAGUCUAUACAAUACCGCAGUGUCUGUCGUCCGUCGUCGUCGUCGUCGUCGUCGUCGUCGUCGUCGUCGUCGUCCGUCGUAUCCUAGUUCAAAAACAGUGGCACGUUUCUUAACCGCUAGGUCUAUGAACUUAAAACUUUGUACACAUGACCCCCUAGGUCAGAUGACCCGUGACACUAAAUUUCUGUCCGAUCUGAUUCUCUACUUGGCCACCAGGGGGCCAAAUGUCGAUAUCUAAAAAGUGUGAUAUCUCGCUUAUUAGUGACUUGUUUUCGAUGAAACUUUUGUUGUAGGUACUCAUAGCAAAUAUACAUCUUAUAUCAUACGGCUUUUUAAUUUGACCUACUUUUCAAGGUCACAGAGGUCAUAUGGCGUAAAUUGGCCGUUAGAGUGUAAACUAUGGCACGUUUCUUAACCACUAAAGCUAUGAACUUGAAACUUGGUACAUAUAAUCCCCUAUAUCACAUAGCCUCUGGUGCUGAAUUUCAGUUUGAUCUGAUUCUCAACUUUGCCACCAGGGGGCCAAAAGUGGAAAUCUAAAAAGUGUGAUAUCUCGCUUAUAAGUGACUUGUUUUCGAUAAAAUUUUUAUGGUAGGUACUCUUAGGAAGAAUACAUCACAUAUCUUACGGGUUUUCAAUUUGACCUACUUUUCAAGGUCACAGAGGUCAUAUGGCGUAAAUUGGCCGUUAGAGUGUAAACUAUGGCACGUUUCUUAACCAGUAAAGCUAUGAACUUGAAACUUGGUGCAUAUAACCCCCUACAUCAGAUAACCUCUGAUGCCAAAUUUUGGCUCGAUCUGAUUCUUUAUUUGGCCACCAGGGGGCCAUAAUGGAAAAAGUAAGAAGUGCAAUAUCUUGCUUAUUUUUAGUGAUUCGUUUUCAAUAACAUUUUUAUGGUAGGUUCUCCUAGCAAGGAUACAUCACAUAUCAUAUGAGUUUUUGAUCUGACCUGCUUUUCAAGGUCACAGAGGUCAAAUGGCGUAAAUUUGUCGUUUGAUUGUAACUAUGGCACGUUUCUUAACCACUAAAGCUUUGAACUUGAAAUUUGAUACACAUGACUCCCUACGUCAUGUAACCUCGGACACCGAAUUUCGAUCUGAUCUGGUACUCAACUCGGCCACCAGGAGGCCAAAACUAAAAUAGGUAAAAAGUGCAAUAUCUCGUUUAUUAUUGACUUGUUUUUGAUGAUAUUCUUAUGGUACUUACUCCAAGCAACGAUACAUCACAUGUCAUACCGACUUUGGUUUGACCUAUAUACUAUACAUGUACAAUGUUUCUUAAUCUGGAUGAAUUACAAAGCACCAAAUAUCUAUACGGUGAGCACAAUGGCCCCUGGCCGUUUCAUUUUUACAUGGUGUAAAGAACUUGCAUGAAACUGAUUUUUGUAACUGGUGAUUAGGGUCAGAAUUUGUUUGUUUCCAUGGUUAACCAGUAAAUUUUCAUUUUGUCAACCACUUCACUACGGUAGACCAAUAUUUUGGUCUGACGUGUGAUAACACUGCAAUGGAUCAAAAUUGUAGUCUGUCACCAUGAGGCAAUGUACUACUAUGCAUGACAUUAACAUGACUAAGUCUUUGCUGCAAAUCGUGCUGUAGAAAGACGUAGCUAAUCAAAAAAUCCAUUUAGGAGUGUCCUCCAGUGGAGUGGAGUGGUGAACAUUUCAUAUUGAUAAAUAAACACGUGUGUGCCUAUGCUCAUGACAAUUUACCAGUUGACAAUAUUUUUAGUUGCCAUAAUGUACUUCUUUUAGGUCUUGUCCGCUUCUUUAGAUGCUACACAAAUAUAAGGUUUUCAUCAUUGCAACCUGCAACGUGACAAUGACAAUGUCUGUGUUGGGAAAAGGACCACCAAUUGGUUGAAUUGCAAUCAAUGAUCUUGUUUUCAUAACUACGUCGCCGGUUACAAUGACAAAAGAAUUGCUUGUUUGGAGAGUACAUGUAUGUUAGUGACAGGGUCAGUGAUUCCAUCCUGUUUAUGCAGGGACCAAAGUGUUUAUUAUUGAAUUGCCAUUAUUGUAAAUAAUGUGUAGAUAAUUGAAAAUGAAUGCAUGUAGAUGAAAUUGAUUUUUAAUCUUUAUAUAAUGUAUGUUUGUGGCCAUUAUUGCAGGCUUCAAAAUGUAAUAUAGCUUUACACUCAGUCACAUUUUCAUGAAAUUAGAGUUUGUUCUAAUCCACAAACAUGACAAAGGAAGGCACUAUGCAUAACUUCAUACUUGACACCUAAGUUUAGUUUCCAGAAUAAUGUUUUUCAUAUCGUUCUGGCCAAAGAUACUUUAGUGACCAGAUCACAUUUACCAAAAGAUAGUUGUGUUGCACAACAAUCGAUUAACCUUAGGGUAGGGUCUUUCACGGUGUCAACUAAGGCCGAGUGGUGUGACUAUAGUGCUUUGGGGCUAUGCUAUAACGAUGUACAUGUCGACUGUCUUUUUGUAGAAAGAGGGCAAUAUGGUCGCUAUACUAAAAUUGUUUUAGUUUCAGAAUGUAUUUUUCGAGCUUUAGCAUGCAAUCAAAAGCAGUCUAUGUAAGAUAGCUAUUUUUAUACUUCUUGGUCUGUCACCCAAAAUGAACGCAUUUUAAUUGUAUCAUAAUAUUUAAAUUGGAAUGUUGAAAAAUAAAAACAGCU